AUGCUUCAUGGAGUUGCAAAGCAUGAUUCGAUUAGGAGGGUGAGCAAAACAACUAUUACAUCUAAUAAUAGAGCGAAGGAAAAGAUUUUUAGACCAAAAAACAACGUUUUCAGGGCCCUAAUAGGCUCUCCAACUGAUAAGAUGAUGUCUCCUAUCCUGAAAAAGCUCAUAGCAGUUAAAAAAUUCGACAAGAAGAAUCAAAAAGUCAAAAAUAAGCUUUUAGAAUUAGAGAGUUUGAACAGUUAUUCUUAG